UUAUAUACAUCGCACGCUACCGCGGAAUCGGAUUUCGGAGCACGUUGUUUUCAGUUUUUACAUUCGUCGGUUUUAAUUUCGAUAAAAAAGUGGGUUUUUAGUCUGGAAAAUAGUUGAAAGUAACAUCAAAUUAAAGCGUAGUAAUGGCCAAGUUGCUGUCGUAUUACAGUUUAUGCCCGAUAAACGAUGUUCGUGAAUUUUUGGGCCUUUCCCGCGAUGUCGACACCGGUUGCGUGAUUAACACCCUUGGGAGGAACAUCAUCCAAGUUGUGAAGUUGAGCAAUCAAAAACUUCAGCACAGUUGGACCUCGCUGGACCGCCUAACCAGUAAGGUGGUGUACGAUUUCCGCUCGGAACGUUACGUGGCUGUUUUUGGGAACCGUCAAAUCCGCAGCUGGAACCGAGAUCAGGCCGAUAUCAACAAAGUUAAGAAAUUGAAGUUCUUCCGUAACAUCCUCGAGCUGUUCACUUUGGAUAACGGACAGGUUUUGGUUCUGUAUGAUGAUGGAACUUGUGAAUCUUUGGAAAGUGCUGUCGAUACUAGGAACGAUGACCGAAAAGAUCCGGAUAAUAUUUUGACAAAGCCCCACAUUGACCCGACCAAGGAAACGAUUUUGAAUGUCACAAUCAUCACUUUGGACAGUGGAGACACAAUGUUGGCAUACUUCGUCAAAGACCAAGAGGGAGAAUCGCUGACCUUGAACUAUGUGCUUCUGGAAAAGGAAAGCCUCAAAUCGACAAAAGGAUUCCAUAAGAUCAAACUGGAGCGGAUUGAACAGAAAGUGCACCUAGUUGGACAGAGUAUAGUGGACGGAAGCGGAGGCCCUUGUUUGAUCACUAUUUGGUCCGACAAACGUAUCUUCUCCAAGCAGCUGGUUUUCGACGAAGAAGCUCAUCAAUCGAUUGGCAACUUCAUCUCUAUACUGAAUAUGAUCAACACCAGUCAACCAUUGUCUAUGAUCGGCAUCAGCAGAGACUACGUUGCAAUUUAUGCUAACAAUCUCAAUCAGGACGGCGCCACAUUGCUGCUGUACAAUGUUCAGUUCAAGGUCGUCCAAGCGAAGCAGUUGUUUAAAGUUUACUUCAACAACUCACGGUUCUGGUUGAGCGAAAAUCACAUUUUGCUAGCAUUCGGUCAAACGCUUGCCGUGGUUCCGUUUAAGAUCAGCAAGGAACAACUGUCGGACAUGGUGGGAACACAAAGAAGUAAUGAGUUGCGUUCCUACGUCGAUAACGAAAGCAUUAACGAAGACUGCGACUUUAACGAAGGUUUCGCUUUUGUUGGAAAUCUGCAAACCGUGGUGGACGAAGAAAGCGAGGAGGAAGAUUCUGGCCCCGAAAAUGCCUAUCAAAUUUUCAAAAGUAUCGAAACGUUUGAAGAAUCACUGCGAAAAGCCUACAAAAGCAAUUUGCAGGUGGAUGUCCUGCGCGACGAAUCACUUCCGGAAGAUACCAUCCAAAUGCGAUUAAUGGCCAACGUUGACAGCUCAAUUGGCCCGUUGGUUUUCUCGGAAAAGUUCGAAAUCUUCGUCAGCGAACUUGAGAAGCACGGUUUUUGCGAAAUGGAGAUUACCGAUAAAAUUCUUCCACUGAUGAUUGAAUCCAAUGCCUCUCUGGACAUUGGCAAGUGUCUAAAGCGUUACAGCACAGUUUCCGAGAGGGCGCUUGUUUCGGUGCUUCAGUAUGCCCUUUCAUGUAAUGAUCAAUCAAAGGCAAAGCAAUCGAAAAUCCCAGAUAUUGAGCAACUUUUGGCUACAUCUGAGAAAAGUACCAUUCCUCCAUCAAAUCCAUCCGAAGAAGUGCAAAAUUUAGAUAUUUUGAACUGCCAUGAUGUUAAAGACAACUCCCAAAACGACCUGUUGAACAUUGUUCUCUCGUGCAGUUUUAAUCGCAGAGUUAUUCUACCUCUGGUGCGCAAGGAAAUCGAUUUGAAUGCAGUUCUUCGGCUGUUGGAUCAUUUAUACUUCUUGCUGACGGAUCCCGUUGCCAGCCUGAGCGAAACUCCGACCAACUGCGACAACUUUGAUAGUGACGAGAAGGUCAUUGAAUGGGCUAUGUUGCUCAUCGAUUCACACUAUCAACAGAUUAUCCUCUCUCGGGACAGAGAGGUGCGCGAAAAGAUUAUCAACUGGAUGAACAUUGUAAAGCAACACAUCGAUAGCCUGAAGGAGCUGAAAUCGUUUGCUCCGACGGUGUUGCGAUUGGUUGAGAACAAAGCAGGAAACGGAGACAAGCGCGCCAACAAGUGGUACAGUAUAGAGACGGUGCAACUGUACUGAUAACAACUUGAAUGGGAAAUAGACGUAGGAUAGACGUUGAUAACGAUGAA